GGGAUGCACAUUAUAUGCACGGUAUGUGCUCCACCUGACGAUGUGUUUUAAUGAACAGAGUGAUGAGAGGAGCAGCUAUGGGUUUAACAGCAGCAGAAACUGGAUUUUUUGUCCUCUUUCUCUCUGUGUCAGUGGCACUAAGCAGGAAUGGGUUGACUUACAUUUCUGCUCAGAUCUGUGCAGUGAGAGGAUCAACAGUGGACAUACGCUGCGUCUAUAGACUGCCAACCACAAUAAAAAGACGUUCUGUCACAGCCGAGAAAAUCUUAUGGUUUACCGACGUGCAGGACAAAGGACCGGUGGACCUGAGGACAGACUCAGAGUAUGCAGGUCGUGUGAAAUAUUAUUGUGAUAAGACGACCUGCACUUUAAGAAUCGCAGACCUGAGAGAGAGCGACUCAUCUGAGUACAAGUUCGCAUUCAAACACACACAGAACAGGAGAUUCACCCGUUUACCUGGAGUGACUUUGUCUGUCACAGAUCCAGAUCUGCAGGUGCAAGUGAGAAGAGCGUUUUCCACCCAGGCUGAGCUGUUCUGUCGCAGCUUUUGUCAUCUACCUCAACGUCCUUCCUUCAUCUGGUACAAGAACGGGCAGAAAAUCCAGGAGGACACGUCUUCGCAUUUAGACUACUUUGAUCCUGCGGACAGUUAUUCCUGUGCUGUCAGAAGACAUGAGGAUUUUCCUGCUCCUUCAGUGUGUGUCGUUGGUCAAACCUGCAACAGAGUGACGUACACUCACAGAAGCAUCUGUGCUGCCAAAGGCUCAUCAGUGGACAUUUCCUGCACAUACAACAGUCAUAACAAUCCCACUGAAUCAAGGUUCUGGUUCAGUCCUGAACGUGGCCGUCAGUGGCUGAAUCCAUCACAGCCUGAGGACCUCAGAGGAGACUCCCAGUAUGACGGUCGUGUUCAGGUGAUCACAGAGAGAGGACGCUCCACUCUGAGAAUCACUGACCUGACAGAGAGUGAUUCAGCUCAGUAUCGCUUCAAAUUCAGAACAAGAAGCUUUGAAUGGACGAGUAGUUUACCUGGAACAACUCUGACUGUCACAGCUCUGCAGGUGCAGGUGACCAGAAUAAAAGUCCACCAGUUUUAUACCGAGGUGGAGCUGAACUGUCACAGCAGCUGCGCUCCAGCUGCUCAUUUUUCUUACAUCUGGUUCAAAAAUGGAGAGAAAUUUCAGGAAGAAACGUCUUCUUACACAGACGACUUUUAUCCUGCAGACAGCAUCUCCUGUGCUUUCAAAGGACAUGAGGAUUCCCGCUCUCUGUCAGUGUAUGCUCCAAAGCUUCCCUCUGUGUCAGUGAGUCCCUCUGGUGAAAUCAUGGAGGGCAGUUCAGUGACUCUGACCUGCAGCAGUGAUGCUAACCCAGCAGCUAAUUACACCUGGUACAAGAGGAAUGUGAACCUCAAAGCUCUCAGUGAAGAAGCACAGCUUGUCUUCAGGUCCAUCCAGUCCUCUGACUCUGGAGAGUAUUACUGUGCAGCUGAGAACGAGCUGGGGAGGAGAACAUCUCAAUACAUCUCUAUUAAUGUGACAUAUGCUCCAAAGCUUCCCUCUGGUGAGAUAGUGGAGGGCAGUUCAGUGACUCUGACCUGCAGCAGUGAUGCUAACCCAGCAGCUAGUUAUACCUGGUACAAGGAGAAUGAAGACUCACCAAAAGCUUCAGGACAGAUCUUCAUCAUCACUGACUUCAGAGGUGAACACAGCGGGAAUUAUUACUGUGAAGCCCAGAACAAAAGAGGACGUUGUAACUCCACCUUGUAUCUGCUUGUUGUGGCAGCUGAGCAGGUCCAUCAGAGCUCUUCAGCCCAUGACUGUGGAGUGACACGAGGAUCUCGUAAUUCCACUACUGUUGCAAGUGCAACAAGAUCGGCCAUUGGAAUAAUUAUUGCAUGCGUCUUGUUUGCCAUCGUCCUCCCCUUUCUAUGAAUUAGAAAAUGCAGGUUGUCCAAUCAACGGUAUGAGCCUGGACAAAGACUAGACAGAGACAGAGUACAGGUGAGGAAGAAGAGUUCAAGAAUCCCAACUUCAUACCACAUACUAACUGUACAUAGAUUGUGUCAUAUACUACGUUUCAUAGCAUACUAUUUCUUAGCUAUGCUGGUGGCAUGGCUCUACAGAUGGCAGAGUCAAGUCUGUGGGUCAGUCGGUCACUCCACCACAUUGGUCCAGGUGGAAAUAUCUCACAAACUACUGGAGAGAUUGCCAUGAAAUUUUGUACAGACAUCAUUGGUGACUUUGGUGAUCCCCUAGCUUUUCCUGUAGUGCUACAACAUGGUUGACAUCUGUUGUGCAGAGGGAAAUAUCUUAACAACUACUUGAUGGAUUGCUGUGAAAUUCAUAGAGGAUUAAUUGUAAUAACUCUGACGUUUUUUCGAGUUCCAUCAUCACAUCAAAACUUUAAUUUGUCUCAUCCUUUGAUUUAUGACCAAAUAAAGUAUCAUUCCCACCAGCCCUCAGCUGUACAGUAGGUCUAAUUAGCAAACUUUAGCAUACUAAACUAAGAUGGUAAAUAUGGUCAAUUUUAAAAUAAAGAUAAACUUUAUUUAUGCAGAGCUUCCCAAAACAAAAUUAAAAGGCAAAUAAAGUCAGACAAUUAGAAAAAUACAAAAAUGUAAUGGACUAAAAUACAAUAAUAAUAAUACAAUAAUAUAAAGUAAAAAUAAUAAUGACAAUUGUAGUAAAACUGGUACCACAUAUGUAAAUAUAUAUACAUAUAAAUUGUUUAAAACGUGAAGAAGUAACAGUUCUGGUGUUAUGUCCCGGCCUGCCGUCUCUUCAUCGUCCUGGCCGGUGCCGCUGUAAAUCACCUCGGCACACUUUUCCCUGUUGUUGAACUGGCUGUUGGUUUCAGAUGCUCAGUUCAGAUCCGACUGUGUUCAGUGGGAGGCUGCUGAGCCUGGCUCUGCCGCCCUCAUAAUCCCCCUAUGAGCCGAGCUCUCAGUUGUUAGGACCACUAGCCGCACGGCGAACUGAGCUAGCUGGCUAACCGCAGCUUGUAGCUACAGCCAAAGACAGCCACAGCGACGAGUAUAGUGUGCAUUAAUGACAAACAUGUCACUGAUUAUGCAAGCCUCAGAUUUUACCUGUUAGCAUUGAGAAUGUUAGCGCGCUAAUGUUAGCAUUAAGCUCAAGGAAAUGCUGUGCUUAAGCCUCUCAGAGCCACGAGCAUGGAUAGACUUUGUGAGGUCCAUUUAAUUUUAACUGUAAAUGACACAAAAUAUGUCCCAAAGCAUGUCAAUCAAACUGUGGCUUUAGAGGGUCAGUGCCAGUUAAACAGACAAAACAUGUUGUUUUUAAAGUGAACAGUUUAACUCAAAACCUGCCUAAAAUGUGCAUGUUAUGGAACUGGGAAGUGUUUGGGAAUAUUUUUAAUAUAGAAUUUUCAGGACUAGUUGGCUCUGUUCUUUUCACUGUUGGGCAGAUGCUUAAUAAAGUAUAUGAAGUAAUGAAAAAGGAGACUUUCUGCUUUGUUCCUCAACUGUCAUGAUUUUACUGAUAUUUGUCAUCCAGACUUUGCUUCACCUCAUCCGCCCACCAGGUGUCUGCAGUGUGUUUUCUGCCCUAGCCCAUCGCCUGACCCUUCUCUUGCCUACAAAUUGGCAAACAAAAUUCUCAUUGCUAUGAAUUGAGAAAUGUUUUUAUCAUUUAAUUUUUUAUAUUUUAAAAAUUUUUUAAUUCUUUUUGUUGUUGCCUUUUUGCACAGUUGCAUUGUUCUUAUUUGCCCCUAUGUUGUUUGCACCCCCCAAUUGUUUGUUCUGAAGAGCUUCUGUAACAGUAAAUUUCUUCAUUGUGAGAUUAAUAAAGUUUUAUCUGUCUUAUCUAUCUAUUUAUUCCCACAAAUUAAUUGCUUUGGAAAUAGCAAAAGCACGAUUGCUAUUAAGAAUAAAGAUAU